AUGGUAGAUUUAGAGAGCGGUCGCCACCAGUCCCAUAGGGUGGCUCAGGCACUAAGUAUCAGUUUGUCCACUAUUACCAGAAUACAGCGCCGUUUAUCAUCUAAUGAUAAUGUCCUAAGAUCACCUGGAAAGAAGAGAUCCAGAAAAAAGUCUAAGACAACAGAUUUAUCUGAUGCAGUCAGGCAUAAUUUAGUGGUACAACAAAACUAUUACUCGUGAAAUAGAACCACUGAUAAUCUCAUUUGAUUCAGAUAGCGAUACUGAAUCUGAAAGUAGCGAUUAAUUUUUCAUC